AUGCAGAAACUUAUAAAAAUUAUAAAUAAAUUGCAAGAUGUUUUUGCAGUAGUUGAUGGACUGCAAAUGGUUGAUUUACCACAAAUUGUGGUUGUGGGAACACAGAGUUCAGGUAAAAGUUCUGUGCUAGAAAGCAUCGUGGGAAAAUCAUUUCUACCUCGAGGAACUGGUAUUGUUACCAGGACUCCCUUAGUUAUACAAAUGAUUAAGUACACAGAGGAAACAAGAAAAUCAAUGUUAAAGUCAAAUAACAUUAAAGACACUGAAAACAUUAAAGAAUGGGUAGAGUUUCUACAUAAACCGAAUUUAUAUUAUGUCGAUUUUGAUUUGGUACGCAAGGAAAUUGAAGAUAAAACAAAUAGUCUUGCAGGAACUAAUAAGGGCAUAACUAACAAGCAAAUUGUAUUAAGAAUUCACACCAAUCGUUAUGAUCUGACUUUUGUAGAUUUACCAGGUAUAACAAAAGUGGCGGUUGGAGACCAAGAUGAUGAUAUAGAUGAACAAAUACAGAAAUUGAUUCUUUCAUAUGUAAAGCAAUCCAACUCAAUAAUUUUAGCAGUGGUGACUGCAAAUACAGACCCGUCAACUAGUGAAAGCCUGCAAAUAGCGAAAAAAUUGGAUCCACAUGGCAUCAGGACAAUAGCAGUAGUUACAAAAUUAGACCUAAUCGAUAAAGGAACACUUCAAGACACUAAAGAUUUACUGUGUGGUCACAAGAUUCCAGUGAAGAUUCUAGAUGUCAUAGGUGUGGUGAAUAGAAGUCAAAAAGACAUCGUUGAAAAUAAAUCAAUGGACUCGGCGCUAUCGGCAGAAACAGAAUUUCUAAAAAUUAAUUACCCAGAUAUAUAUAAAAAACACGGCAACAAGGCGUUAGUUCACACGUUACAGAUCGUAUUGAUAACACACAUCAAAAAAGUAUACCCACAACUUCGAGCAGAACUCGAAGAAAUGAAAAGGAAAUUGGAAAAACAACAUUUGCCACUAUACAAACCUGAUGAAGAAAUAUCGUUUUUAGUAGGACUUUUAAAAGAUAUUAGCAGAUCGUACGAAGAUACUAUGCUUGGUAAUCAAGACGAUGUUUCAAUUGAUGAAACUAUUGGUGGUGGCAGUAUUGCUCGAACAUUCCAACAUGAAUAUUUAAAGAGAAUAAACGUCAUAGACCCCCUUCAAGAUUUAUCAGAUGAAAAUAUUGCAAAUAUUUUAUCAAACACAUCGGGCAUUUACCAAUUACUUUUGUCAAUGAAAAGGGAUUACAAAAAAUAUUAA